AAUUUCAUUUCACAUCUGACAACGCCUCUAUUGUACUUGGCAUAAUUCUAUUAUGCUCAACCAUAAACAUUAGACUUAGACUUAUUGGAGUCCUAAUUCGACGUUCAAAACAAUACCUAUGGACGUGCUUGUAUAAAGCAAAUAAUUAUUGUUUUUGACGUAAAUUCUGGGUAACCUUAUCACAUCGUAAUCAACCAAUAGCGAGGUUCAUAAAACUACAAAUCUUAUAAUGAAAAAUAAACAAAGAAUUUGUUGGAUUUGAAAUGUGACACACUGGUCGAUAUGGGCUUACAGGAGACGCAUGCGUCAUGACGCUCCCUCAGUAUUCAGAAAGCUACCCCGUACCUCGUUGUACAGGUGGCAAAAGAUUUUGGCUGAGAAAUCAUGUUUGAACUCUAUGGAGGUAGUAAGGACACAAUGGUAUAUCAUUCGCCUCCACCUAGACGAAAAGAAGUGGACAUUUUGGAGACAUGCCUACAACUCUCCUCACCGGAACUCAUACGAAAAUUGCCAAACGGUGACAGUGUCCACCACCUUAAGGAUACAGUAAUACCAACCUCCAUGGAUAAGAACAAUAAAGAACAUUCACGAGAGAGCAGACGACGUACUCGCAGAAAAUGGACUGUUAUGGUGGCCCUAUUUUUCCUUGGUUGUGCCUUGAUAGUUGGAGUAGGAUUACCACUGGCACUAGAAUUACGAAGUUCUCACUUAUUGGAAGCGAGACUUCAGGUCGUCCGGAGAAUUCUAUCAGAGACACCCUUGAUAGACGGUCAUAACGAAUUCGCUUGGAAUCUACGUAAACAUCGUGGAAGUACAAAGCUCAGAAAUUUUCCCUUCGAGGAGGAUCUUUCACGAAAUCUAACGUGGGGUCCACAGUGGCAAACCGACUUGAGACGUCUUCAACAGGGAAUCGUAGGUGCUCAAUUCUGGUCUGCAUACGUUCCUUGCGAGGCUCAAUUCCUAGAUGCCGUUCAACUCACUCUGGAGCAGAUAGACAUAGUCAGAAGACUGACUGGAAAAUAUUCCGAAAGGAUGAGAAUGGUGACGUCCAGUAGAGAAUUAGAAAAGGCUCAUAAGGAUGGAGUGAUAGGAAGUCUAGUUGGAAUCGAAGGUGGACACAGUAUAGGUGCAUCAAUGGCAGUGCUGAGAAGCUUUCAUCUUCUUGGAGCAAGAUACAUGACACUGACUCACACGUGUAAUACACCAUGGGCAGAUUCCUGCUCCGUCGAAGAUCCCAAUGUGGAUGCACCCCUGGAUUUUCAUAGCGAUGGUCUAUCCAGCUUCGGCAAGGCUGUCGUCCGUGAACUCAAUAGACUUGGAAUGCUCGUUGAUCUAUCUCACGUCUCGAUAAGAACCAUGAGGGCCGCCAUGGCCAUCACGAGGGCUCCUGUUAUUUUCUCUCACAGCGCGGCCAGGACGCUCUGCAACUCCUCCAGCAACGUCCCCGACGACGUGCUACGAAACUUGUCGCUCAAUGGGGGUCUGGUAAUGAUCAGCUUCGACAGUGCCCAUCUCAGUUGUGGCGAUAAGGCAACCAUGUACGACGUUAUAGCUCAUAUCAAUCACAUAAGAAAUAUGGCUGGUGUCAAUCACGUUGGAUUGGGUGCCGGUUACGAUGGGAUUGCAAGUCCACCAACCGAACUUCCUGACGUAUCCGGUUAUCCUCUACUGCUCGCUGAACUCACAAGAGACAGAAGAUGGUCCUCGUCCGACAUAAAGAAGCUCGUUGGUGGGAAUUUGAUUCGUGUUUUAAAGGAAGUCGAGAGUCACGCUUCAAGCCUAUCGAAUCAAUCACCUGCUGAGGAAUGGAUACCGCAGGAGUUGAUCGAAGACACUUCCUACUGUAGAUAUCAUGAUGCCUGAGAAUCGUCAUCAUUAUCAUCAUCCUGGACUGGAUUUUCAUAGAUUUUCAUGAAGGAUUCAGGAGCUAUUUUUAUCUUUUUUUUUUUAAGGAAACUGAGAAGGUCAUUAGAUGAUUUUGCGGGUGACCCAUAUAACGUGAUCUUGUUUACUGUAUUAUCCCUUGUUAUAUCUGCAUAACCGGAUCGCUUAGAUCUAUUUUACAUUUUUAAUAAAACGAAUGAAAACAUAUAA